UCAGGAAGGUGAAUUGGCCUGCAUUAGAGUAAGACUCUACCACAUUCACGAUGGAUCAGACGAACAAGUUUCUAUUAACUUUUAUCGCAUUCUCAUUGCUGUUGCAGCUUUCCGCUGCGGCAUCUUUGAAAACAAAGCGUGAUUUGUUCUCUUUCUUUGACUUGCCGGAAUCGGAACCACGGCCGUAUCAGCCGGUAGAUUCUUCAAGGGAGGAUUUUCCUGCACGUUCGACGGGCCCCGUGAAUGACGAAUUCGGCGAGGCGAUAGAUGCAGAGGUCGCAAAUCCAAAUCAACAAAACCUAGGCUUAGGUCUCAAUCUACCGACCCAAUCAAAAGCUAUAAAAGAGGACUUAGACAGAAUUCGACUGGAGAUUAUCAAGCAUCAGAUUUUGAGUAAACUACGGAUGACGAACCGACCUAACACCACAUUCCCAAAGGUUCGGCUGCCGACGCCCCUGGAGGAAAGCGAGUUCGAGCCGCAUUAUCAGGCGACAAGCUCAAAACAUGGUAGGGAGAUCGAGGACGAGGAUUACUACGGCAAGACGACACAAGUCAUCAUAUUUGCUAACGAAGUUUCAGGCAACUGCUACAACGCUCUGAACAAACCCAUCGGAUGUUUCCAUUUCGACCUUAAGGACAAGUUAGCCGGGAAGCACAUCAGUUCGGCGAAGCUCUGGCUUUACAAGCUGAGGGACCCCGGCGAUAUGCACAACCAGACAAUCGAAGUAUCGGAAGUAACCAACCCUAACAGCAGCACAAAGAAAUCGGGACGAUCCAUCGGCACCACCGACACGCAUCUCAAACGCGGAUGGAUGCAAUUCGACUUUAAAAGCACCAUCUAUCGGUGGAUACAGAGACCGACGAGGAAUAGGGGCAUUGAAGUUUUGUGCAAAACGUGUCGAAUGGACAGUGAAUAUAGCCCAGUUGAUACAGAAGGGCAGUACCGACCCUUUAUUGUUGUAGACACUGAGAACAAGUCAAAACGACGAGUGAAGCGCAGUGUGGACUGUACUCCAUCAAGUACUGUUUGCUGCAGAGAACAAUUUUAUGUGUCAUUUGAGCAACUAGGUUGGAAAGAUUGGGUGAUACGGCCGACUGGCUACUAUGCUAAUUACUGUAAAGGAUCUUGCGCUGAACCAACUGGCCUGACGCAUUUCCAUCACACGACCAUGAUGCACGGAGUUGGUGUAUCAGGCACUGUAGACCCCUCCGUAAAGGCGGACCUUACCCCAUGCUGCUCCCCGAAAAAGAUGUCCAGUCUUUCACUUCUUUACUACCACGGCGACAACUACAUAUUACAGAAGAACAUACCCAACAUGAUCGUUGAAAGCUGCGAGUGUUCGUAAAGGGAAGAAAGAAUAUCUUGGCUGUUGAAAUCUCAUGCCCGAGUUCCGGGCGGUUUGAAGCCCGCCGCGUGGAACACUGCUGUUGGUCGAGGCACUUUACGUGCAGUGACGUCACACUAGGCUGAAAGCCUUGUCGCACAAUAACAAUACAACUCCGAUGAAAUAACUACCAUAUGCUUUUCAUAUUGUGAUAUAAAUGAGGACAAAAUGAGACUUUAAUAUUAACUUAUUUGAUGAAUGCGUUAUUGUUAAGUUCUAAGUUUUGGUUGAACUAUCCGUUGACAUAAAGAUAUUUCAGGAAAUCCGAGCUGCAUUGCGUUUGGCUAGACUUCUCUGUAAAUCUUUGGUACGGAGUAAUGACGCAAUGAUGAAAAGACAAUCUUUUCUGGUUCACUUUAUCUACCAGUUUUCCAGAAGUCUACCUACAACGUGGCAUGCAUGCCUCGGUUUCGUAUUGUGUGCAGAGGUGACAGCCUCGUUUUCAAACACUGCCAUUUGCUUGACCUUGCACUGCCAGAAAGUAAAGAAUGUUGGAUAUGCUAUGAUGUAUUAUGGUUCGUUGAUGAAGAAAGGGUUCAUAGGUCAUAAUGAUCACGUGACCAUUAUGGGUUCUUGCACGUGACAAACACGGGAGGUCAAACGCUCCAUGAAGAAAAAGUCGGUUUUUCAUAUUUUUUGUGCAUAAUAUAUUUAUUGUAUGUAUUUAUUUUUACGUCCAACUUUUUUCAAAAAAGAUAAUUUAUUAAUUUAUAGUGCAACAUAGUUGAUGAAUUAGUACAUCGCCUGCUAUUUAUUCUACCAAACGAUUAGGUUGGAGUAAAACCUAAGAGCAAUGUUUGGAUAUAAUUCCUGUUACAAACUUGGUUCAUUGCUUGUUUAGUUUAUUUUGGAUAUCGAAUGUGAAUACCUGAUCAUAAUUUUUGACAACAUGAUUACUCGAUUAGUAAGGUAUUGUAGAAUAUGGAUGUCUAAGGGUAUUUUUCACUUAAAACUUGCGAGAAGCAUUUUAUAUUGGUUCAUACCAUAAAAUCAUGUCUCUGUAUAUAUCGGGUAGCCAUAGAAAACGUUGUCAUGUCCAAUGGCUCAGAACUUGAUACAUGCAAUAUUGGUCGCUGAUAUUUAGUACAUACUUAGAUAUAAGAUAUUUCUAUCAUUCAUAAGACAACAUAUUCUCCUCAAUACUUUAUUAAGUGUAUGAUUUUUGCCAGGCAAUUAUAAAUGGGGCCUACUCAUAUUGCCUUAAUCGUCGUAAUCAUAGCUGGGUGUUAAAGAUAAAAUUAAUUUUGAAAAAAUGUGUUAAACUCUUAAAUAUAACAAGCAAUGUGGUAUUUUUUUGAUUGGGCUAUUUACAGACACGGUGCACUCCUGAAAAUCAAGCUUUUAGCUUUUGAACCUUGCAAAGAUGCAACUCGUUGAGUAUUUUCUUAAAACUCUAAACGUAUUGAGGGGUUCCGUUUUUACCGUGCCAACGAAACGUUCUUAGAGGGUUUUUUUUUUCUUCAAAACUCAUUAUUUGUUGAGUAUAUCAUUCUAUGAGUGUUGGAUAGCUUGAAUAUGGGAAAUGCUAUCGCUUGUGUAGUCAAACAUGAAGAGGGUGCUAACCCAAGACCUUAAUUUCACAAAAGAUUCUUUUCUUUUUCCCUCUUUUGAAAAAAAACCCGCAUCUCUUUCUGAAAUAUUUUUGGCUUUGAAUCUUGUACCACACGUAGAUUUGCAGACUUCUUGCAAAUUUCAGUCACUAGUGAGAUAUUAGUUGUGAGAUAGUCUUUGUAACAGUUUCGUACUCUCUAAUAUUAAUGAAUAUUUCAACAAAGUGUUGCGAGACUUUAUUGAAUAUUUAAAUAUUUAUCAGUACAAUUUUAUUGUAAUAUCAUAAGGAAAAUAGAAGAUAAGCAUUUUCUACGAUCUAAAUGAUAAUUAGACUUGUGUUUAUUAGAUACCACUGUUACUAUACACUAUUGAUGUAUUGAUGUAUUGUUUCCAAAGGCGAAUAUCCUAGAUUAUGCGGAUGUAUCGCCAUCUGAUAUGAAUCAUCUAAUGUAACCGUAAACCAAGUUAGUGCAUCACGGCUGUAUUUCUUUGGUUCCUUACGACAUGAAGACAUGCAUGCAGAUCGGUCCAAAACUAAAGGUUAACCACUGAACUUUUACUUUUCAUUUUAUCACAAUUAAGCGUAGGGUCUACUCUAGAGUUGACAAUAUGUUCACUUCUGAUCAUCGACAAUGUCAUUUGCAUUUCUGUGGGGGGUCAUAAGUAAUGCAAUGCUUCUAAAUAGUGUUGCUGCUUAUGAAUGUCUCAUGUACGAAGGAGUUGUUUGUGAUUACUUGAAACAAUUUUACACCAAGAAAUACUACUUUGGUGGUAAGAAUGUGGCCUGAGUAAAUCUUGUGGACUAUUCCGUCGGUUAUCUUUGCCUCUAAGUUCAGUUUCUUGUUUUGGGGAGGGGAGGGGUGGAUUCUGAAAACGCGAUUGAUUGAUGCAUCCCAUUCAACCGCUAUCAUCGUCAUUCUAUUUAAGUUUCAUAAAACCAUAAGAAGAACGAGGGCAUUAGGUAUCUACGUUUAGGUAAAGUCACUGGUACAUUUAUUACCCAGGUACAGUUAAAGGCCCUACGGUGGCAGACGUAUAAGUUAAGGCCGGGUCUAUUUGGCAAGCCGCUCGCCGAACAGGCAUCUUUUUUUGUCCUGUUUGGAGAGCCGCUUGCCAAACAGCACUAAAAAGCCACCUGGGCUUGCCAAACAGGGCAAAAAUACUACCCUCUUUGGCGAGCCGGAGAGGUUACAACAUGUUGGCCAAUCAGAGAGCAGUGACGUCAUAUUCGAAUUUAUAUGCGCAUAUUUAACAAUGGCCGACUUCCCGCUCUCGAUUCAAUUUCUGUUACUAAACUCGGGUUUUGGUCAAUAAUCCAUGAAGAAGCAUGUACAUGUACAUGACUGUAUGGAUCUACAAAAAAAUCAUAAACGUGAUUUAACUGAUAAGCAUGUUAAAUGCAUUAGUGUGCAUUUCUAAAGGCGUUUCACUGUAACUCCAGUGUUGCUGACCGUGUUGCCACGAAUGAUAAUGAGCUCCUGGAUGGUUGAAUAUGAAUGAGUUCGGCUCUCCAUCUAGGGCAGAAAAAAGGCGCUGUUUGGUGAGCCGGGCUUGCCAAAUAGUCACUUCCAUAAUUUAAUAGAGGCUAUAAAUGUAUUCGGGCAAUAAGCGUAUCAACUUACCGAACGGAUUAGUUUACAAUGUAGUAGUUGGUAGCCAUUGUAAAAUGUAGCAUUAGAUUUAACAUCUAUCAGGGUUUGUUGAAUAUUUAACACCUAGAAAAGUUGUCCCUCUGCUCCAUGACACCUGACAAUGUACCUUUAAGUGCAUGGGAAAUUAAGUGCAUGUAUCUUGAAUUUUCUAGGGUAAUAUUCACACUGUGCUCCUUUCAAAAUGAGUAAUUCUUGAUUCUGCAAAAUUACUGCAACAUAUUUCAAUUGUUUUGCCAAAAUUUGUUUGCCUGGAAAAUUUGGAUUGACAUGUACAAGACAAAAAGUGCACUUCACGGCAUCUUUAGAGUAAGGCAUGCUGUGGUUUAAUUUUUUACUUUUAAACUGCGAAGGAAAAUGCCACCCCCACUUCAAAUGAGCCACAAUGAUCAAAUAUGCAUAUUGUAGGUGAUUUUGAUAAUAACACUUGCAUGAAUUUUUUUUUAAUCUUAGACUGAUAAACUAAAUGGAAUGAUUUUAGUGUCCCGAGUAUCGGUGACCCGUCAAAUAUUGUCAGUGAUCCAAAGGCUGAAUUUUAACUGUCACCUAUUCAAAAACCUAAACAGUAUCAUGCCAUGGCAAUCAUGUCAAACCUGUCGGGGUUAUGUUCCAGGUCAAAGAAUUUAAGUACAUGUACGUGUAAUUAGUUUCCCAAAGCAAAGAAUGCAGACAUCAAAUGCCGACUGCUUUAGGGAAGCCCCUGGAGCAUUUGAGAGACAAUGGUGUUGUCUUAGUCAAGCAGAGGUAACUGUCACCUUAUACAUGUUACACUUUUUAUGUGAUAUUGUUGCAUGCUAUUUUCAAAUGCAGGGAUAAUGAGUCAGUAGAUGUGUAAGAAUUUGACGCAGUAACUUAGUUUUAAGACUUUGUUCACUAAUGUCAUAUGCCGUCAUCUAAUUAUUUUUACUAUUGCCUACUUACACUUAGCCAAUUAUCAGUGGUAUUGGUCUAUGUCAUUUCAACAAACUUUCAUUUUGUCGAGGAAUUAUAAAAAUAAUCUAGUGUAAAAUGUUAGUGCAUUUUUGUUGGGGUCUCAUGUGGGUUGCUAUUUAUUACAUGGAACACAGUGUGCUACUCCUAAGUCUUUCCAUGCCAUUAGUACGUGGUGUCUCAACUUUGUAUCAGAGCGUGUAACAGUAUACAGAAUCAUCUGGAACAUUCUUUAGACACCAUUGUAAAACCAAGUGUGAUAAACGUUCAAAUUGUGUUGUUGUCAUUUUCCUGUUUAUGUGAUCGAUAUGUCCUUGUACUGAAACAGUAGAAAGUUUCAACAAUAAAACUCAAAUAAAUUAUCAAA